GAGCUGCACACUGAGCGUAUUGCCUAUGCCGCUGAGGAGCUGGCGAUUGCGGGAAGCGAUGAGAAUCAUGAAUCCCUUGCUGGGCAGCAGGACAUGAGACCUGCGGUCCGCCACUUUACGCCCCUAGUGCUUUGACCCCCUCUUUAUUCCCAGUUGCCUUGCAGAAUAUUUUACGCGCUAACUAGUCAUAGACAGGUUGGAGGUGUUUGCUUGUAGCAUACCAAUUCCACCUGGGAUUUUUUUCCCUUUCGCUGAUAAUAUCUGACUGGCAAGAACGAUGGCUUGGAAAGCGGGACUGCUGCUCUUGUGCUGGGGGUUGACGUCUGGCGAAGUUGACGUCCAAGCAACGGAACCAGAGAGCCCCUCAUCUCCAGCAAGAACUUUGGAUUUCGGCUACGUUCCAGCCGGAGUUUACGAGACCGUGGCCCACUAUGAGCCCGGGCCAAUAGGGAUUCUAUUCCACAUGGUCCAUGCUUUCCUCUACGUUGUCCAGCCCAAUCCAUUCCCUGAAGAUCUCGUCAUCAGAGUGGCGAAGGAUAAAUUUGGGGCAAUCCAGUCAGAGUACCAGAAGCCAGAGAACAUUGUUCUCACUCUUCAGGUGAUCUACUAUGAGAUGGGCUUUGUGGUGUGUGUGCUGCUGGGGGUGAUCUUCCUGGUGCUGAUGCCGCUGGUGGGCCUGCUCUUCUGUCUGUGCCGUUGCUGUGACAACUGCGGCGGCGAGAUGCACCAGCGGCAGCGCAAGAACGCCGACUGCCAGAGAGGCCUGCUGGCCACCCUGCUCUUCUCCACCUGCAUCGUCAUCACUGCUGGAAUCCUGUGCUCGUAUGCGGCCAAUCAGCACCUGAGCUCCCAGCUGAAGCAGAUGAGGCGGUUGGUCAACAGCAACCUGAGGGACCUGCACACGUUUGCCAACGAGACGCCCACCCAAAUCGACUACUUGAUCUCGCAGUACUCCACCGCUAAGAAUCAAGUGCUGUUUGACCUGGACAACAUCGGGCCGCUGCUGGGAGGGAGGAUCCAUGAGGAGCUCGGGAAGGAGGUGCGACCAGCUCUGGACGGAGCUCUCAACAUGGCUGGAGCCAUGCACGAGACGAAGGAGGCGCUGGAGAACGUGAGCAUGACCCUGGAGGUGCUGCAGGACGGGGCGGGCAAGCUGCGCUUCAACCUGAGCCUGGUGCGCUCGGGCCUCAACAACUCCCUGGACGACCCCGUGUGCACCGUGCCCGGCUCGCCCGCCGCCAAGGUCUGCAGCCGCGUGCUCAGCUCCCUCAGCCAGCUGCACGUCGGCGCCAACUACUCGGAGUUGCCUGACGUGACUCCUCAGCUGGAGAAGGUCAACGAGGCCCUGAAGACCGACCUUAGCGGCAUCGUUCAGAAGGGGUUCUCAUCUUUCAAUGACACCCCAGCCAUGGUGGGGGAUCAGACUAGGAAUGUGGUGGAGGGUGUGCGCGACAUGCUGGAUGGCAUUGGCACGAACAUCACUGGUUUCUCCAAGCUGUUUCCCGUGCACAACUCCCUGACCAACUUCACCAUCUUCAUCAGCCACAGCCACUCCAGGAUCGAGGACUUGUACCCGGAAAUCGAUCGCUACGACUUCUACAGGUGGACGGCGUGCAUCACCCUGUGCUGUAUGGUGGUGAUGGUGCUGGCCUUCAACCUGCUGGGCAUGCUGUGUGGCAUCCUGGGCUUCGACCGCCACGCCACCCCCACCACCCGCGGCUGCGUCUCCAACACCGGGGGCAACCUGCUCAUGGCUGGCGUUGGUUUCAGCUUCAUCUUCUCCUGGAUGCUGAUGGCCGUGGUUGCGGUCAGCUUCUUGGUGGGCGGCAACGUGGAGAAGCUGGUGUGUGAGCCCUUCCACACCAAACAGCUGUUUAAGGUGUUGGACACCCCUCACCUCAUCAUGCCUGCCUGGAAGAACUUCAUCCCUGGCUACCUGUACAAUGACCCGGAGAUGGACCUGACUGUGGAGAGUUUUUACAGUAACUGCAAAGACAAUAGGGGCAUCUACUCUGCCCUACACCUGGAUAAGAUCUUCAACGUCUCUUCCUUCCUGAACACCAGUGUGUUCACAGAGGACGUGGCCCGUGUGAUUGACGGCGUGAAGGUUGACCUGAGAGGCAUCAUCCUGCUGGAGGCGGAGGGCAAAGACAACCUGGUCCGCUUCACCGAGACUGGCAUCGGCGACAUCAAUUACGCUGCCUACCUGGAAGAGGUGAACAAACGGGUGACUCUGGUGGACCUGCUGUCGUUCGCCAAGGAGCUGGACGCCCAGAGCGAGGAACUGCCGAAGGGCUCCCUGCAGACGUCCCUGAAGGGCCACGCCAGCACGCUGCGCCAGAUCCACACGCAGCAGGUCCUCCCCAUGGAGCAGUCACUGAAAUAUGUUAGAGCAAGGACUACGCUGGGCCAGAGCCUUCGCAUGCUGCAGAUGACCUCCAGAGAGCUGCCUAGCAAAGUUUCUACCGUCUUGAAUACCAUAGAGGCGGCCCAAUAUCUUAUCUCCCAUAAUUCAACUUUCGUGGUCAGUCAGGAAACAGAGAGAUACAAACAAACCAUUAUUGGAUACUUCCGGCAGUACAUCAAUUGGGUUAAGGCCUCACUGGCCCUGGAGGUGGCCCCUUGCAAGCCCUUCAGCAACAUUGUGGACACGAUGGAGAUUGUGGCCUGCAGCUUCCUCAUCGACUCGAUGAACACCUUUUGGUUCGGGUUGGGCGGUGCCACCCUCUUCCUGCUGCCCAGCUUGGUCCUGGCGGUGAGGCUGGCCAAGUUCUACCGCAGGAUGGACACGGAAGACGUCUACGAUGACUUUGAGACAAUACCCAUGAAAACUAUGGAAAUUGGUUAUAAUGGUUAUCAUAAUGAGCGUUUACGAAGUUUCGCAAACCCAAUAAUGAGAAGCAUCCCAGCCUACGACACAAUGACUAGAUUCCCACGAGCCUCGGCGCCCCCCCGGCACGCUGACUGGUGAAAGAGAGAACGGGGCCGGAUCUUGUCUCGCUUGUUUGUUUGUUUGUUUGUUUUUUUGUUUUGUUUUUGUUUUUGUUUUUCCUUGUUGCCACCCAGCUCUGGAAAGUUCCAUCAGUACAAUCUGGCAUUGAGUCUCUGGAUUCAGGCCUCCUCGUUUCUCAUGAGCACUUACACACAUAGAGCUCCGAGUGUCUCCGUCAACACUUGGGGAUUUAUUUCCACCGUAGAAGCAGCUCCAUCCACGGAGGAGCCAACUCCAGUCCGAUUCACCCUCCCUUGUGUCGCUCCUCACCCCUGUCGGACAGGCGUCCGUCCGUCUCGUUUCGUCCUUUCGUCGCUUGUCUAUUAGGAUGCUCCCCGUCUCUGCCACACGGGGGAGUGCCAGAGGGUCCUCGCCCGCCUCUGCUGACAGUGACACUCUCACCUUUGACUCGGAGUGACUGGUGAACUUUGACCUUUCAGAAAGAGGCCUGUGGGACCCUCUGGGAACUAUCUUCUACUGCAUGUUUCUAUGUUUACAAUUAGUCCAGGGCUGCACAGAGUCAGGCCAUGCCACGCCUGAAGAGGGUUGACCGUCAGUGACAUAUCUCAGAUUCUGUGGCUUAACGCCUAGAGCGCAUUAGGGAUUUUUUUUGAGUUGCUUCCACUGGUUAUUUUGUGUUCCAUUUUGUUUUGAAGCCAUGUCUGAGGCACACUGCUUGUCUCUUUAUACUUAUAUUGUUUAAUCGUUUACUGAGAUUGUGUGUGUGUGUGUGUGUGUGUGUGCGCCUGCAUGGGUGUGUGUGUGUGUCUGUGUGUGUUUGUCUGUCUGUGUUCAGCCAUGGCAGCCGCUUGCCGAGUAGGAUUGAUCAACAUUUCAGCAGGACUUAAUAGUGAAACGUUACUUGGAGAUGGUUUCUACCGAGUUCAUCUAAAUCCAUUGUGUUGUCAUCACAAAACAACGCAGCUUCUGUUGAGCGACAGUAACCUUCAAUUCACAUAUUUUUGAUCGGAUUUGACAAAAACCAUCAGGAGAAACACACACGACACAACACUCCAACAUUGUAUUGUUUUUAUUUUUAUUUUUUUUAAACUAGGUUACUGCUAACAUAAGAUGUUGAGCCAUUCUGGUGUUGGAAUGGGUUGUUGCCUUCCCUGAGUCGUAUUUGCAGGAUGACUAAUGUUUCUUUUCAUCUCGAAAUGUCCUAGAAUAUAUUCCUUUUUUUUGAUUCAGUAGAUAUACAUCUCCAGGUUGUUUUCAGCAUAAUGAGCGCUAUUAAUAAUCUUUCAAACUGUUCCCACUGACUUUUGCUAAUAUUGGGUAUGGUUAAUUAACAUAAUGUGAGCUGUAGUAUUCAAGGUAAAGAUCAGAACUGCAAUUUGAAGCCAAAACCUCUUGAGUAGGUCUCAGGUGCUAGAGCUAGGCCUAACAUGCUUUUGCCACAUUUCUUACAAAAUAAAAUUGAGUUUCAUCCUUAGUCAUCGAUACGUAAAGAAGAGGGGUGAAUGUGUCUGUUAAAAUGUGCGUAUACUGUAUAUCCGCAAAUAUCAUUUGUUGUGAACACACUGGUCCAGAAUAUAUUAUAUUAUUAAAAAAGAGCAGAUUUAAUGUAAAAUUCAUAUAAUGUAUUUCAUGUGAUGUGUACAGUAUAUACAUUACAUAUACAUUAUUAGCCACCGUGAAGCCUCGUAGUGGAACUGAUCAGGAGCGCUUGAACUGCCCCCCCAUCUACUACUGCAGCUAGUCCACCGCCAUAAAGCUUGCUUGAAUACUUUUCCUGAACCUGACCCUGUAUUAGCAUGAGUGCAAACCUCAGUGUUUUUUUUAUCAUUUAAUGUUCAUCUUAACUGAAGCAAGAACCCGAGAAUGUGACAAUGUGGAGUCGUUUCUCUUUCAAGAGGCACAGGCCACCACCAUGGGUUCUUCAAAGCCCCAGAGGGCUAGAAAAAGUUAUGGAAGUUCUCACCCUUGCAGUGAAUAGAUAGACUCAAUUGUUAAUUUCACACACCGUUCUCAUAAAAAAAAGACUUGAAUUAGUAUUUGAAGGCCGGGUUUGAUGAACACUGAAGUCUGAUCUCAUGUCAAUGCAUGUCUCAGGGUCAUGGCAACGUUACCGUUAGCAACACUGCUGUUUAUAGCCCACAAUCCAUUCAUCCAGAGAAAAAGAGACAGAAAGAGAGAGAGAGGGACCCCUCACGCUGUACUCUUGAGCGCUGAUUCAAGACCACUAACUUCCCCACAAUGGGCAGGUGAGCCCUCGGUUGUGGCAUUCAGCUUGGUCAGUGUUGUUCAGUGGAAGCACAGUUGGUGUUUGCUUUUGCGUGUCGCCUGACUGUAAUGUAUAAAAUGUGAAUAAAAUGACA